AUGGCGUAUAGUUCAAACAACGAAAGUUCCGACGAGUUCUCAUCGCAUAACUCCAGUUCCUCAGAAAAUAAUAGUUUAUCAGACACCGGGAGUGAUGAAGCUAUCCAUCCCUACCGAUUUGAGCCUUUGAGAGCUGCAGUGGGGGGCUCUGACGAAUCCAACUCGGAACAAGACGAUGCAGUUGGAAAUGCUCAGGAUGUUGGAGAAUGGUGUACGUGUCACAAUUGUGAGGAGAUGGCAACCGCUGUCGAAUGCAGAUGUUGUAUUCGUGUUGGCAGAGUGAAAGACAAGAUGGAAGAACAUACCUCUGAGACGGGAGAAGAACUUGCAUGCAUUACCCAUCACCCAGGCUUCCAAACAGUUUGUCUGGACAGAUAG